CGGUGGAAUUUUCCCCGAAAGCCUACGCCCCGGGCCCCUCCCAGCUGCGGCUCAACUCACAAUUCUCCUCCACCAGCCGCAGCCGGGCCGCCCCGCCCCCUUAACGGGGACUUCAGUUUUCGGUUGCACGACGUGCAGACGGUUUUUCCCCUCCUGACCCUUUAUUUCUCCCGUGGGUUCGCCUGCCCGUACGCCUGCUUCCGGAGGAGCGCAUUUUCGCGUCCCUUUGCGCCUUGCGUGCGUCUCCCCGGUGCGCUCCAAUCUUGCCGUUCCCGGCGGCGGGCAAGCAGUGACAGCGCCCAGCCCCUGCGCACCACCUACUCUGCCAAGGCUGGCGGAGGGUGUCUGGCUGUCCCAGCCACGCAGCGGGUUUCCAAGAAGACGCGCUCCCGCAGCACUGAUUCUUCCUGAACCUACUCCACCAUAGAAAGGUUAAGAAAGAAUCCAUCCCGACGUGUGGCCAUCUGGCUCUGGGAAGCAAUGUCUCAUUCUGUUCCAUGUUAGUGAUGUCCCACGGAGUACAGAAGUCCAUGCCAGCAGACAGCCAGGCUACAGGAGGUCAUGAGGUAUUCUGGAUGGAUGGCUGCUGGAAACCCAUUACCAUAGCAGGCUCUUCUUCAAUACCUGAGGACUUACUCUGGCAUUGAGUAAUGAGAAUUUCGAAACCACAUUUGAGAAUCACUUCCAUCCAGUGCUAUGUGUGUUUACUUCUAAAUACUCAUUUUUUAACUGAGGCUGGCAUUCGUGUCUUCAUUUUGGGCUGUAUUAGUGCAGGUAUUCCUAAAACAGAGGCUAACUGGGAAGAUGUAAGAAAGGAUUUGCAAAAAAUUGAAAAUCUUAUUCAAUCUUUACAUAUGGAUGCUACUUUAUAUACAGAGAGUGAUGUCCAUCCCCGUUGCAAAGUAACAGCGAUGAACUGCUUUCUCCUGGAGCUAGAAGUCAUUUCACAUGAGUCCAGAGAUGGAGACAUAGAGGAAACAGUAAAAAACCUGAUCCUCCUAGCAAACACUAGUUUAUCUUCUAAUGGGAAUAUAACAGAAUCUGGAUGCAAAGUAUGUGAAGAACUGGAGGAAAAAAAUAUUACAGAAUUUUUGGAGAGUUUUAAACAUAUUGUACAAAUGUUCAUCAACCCUCCUUGAUUGCAAUUGAUCCUCUUCAGUGUUUCUGUUAUUAACAAACAUCUUCCCCGAUGCUUAGAAGCAACAAAACACUCUGCAUUUCAAAUGUGCUGCCAAAACAAGAUGUUCCAGCAAGAAGAUGAUCAGGAUCUUGGAUCAUGUGAACUCCUAGAAAUGAAGGCAGGAAAAUGUCAGUGACAAAGUUAACUAUGCACUUUUCUCAGACUUAUUUUCCUCAUUUAUUUUUAAUUUAUUGUUGAAAUUGUACAUAUUUGUAACAUAAUGUAAAAUUGUGAAUAAAAUUGUGUACUUUUCAUCAAUUGAAA